GUUCAAAAAGAAAAUCUUUUUCUUUAAUUCUUUCCAUUCAGUUCUUUUGUUUUCUAGAUCCUAAUCUAAAAAAAAAAGAUCAGAUUUCAUAAAUGGUUUUGUCUACUGUGGAUAAUGAACGACAAAAGCGACUUUCGGAUCUCUUGACGAUGGUCCAAAUGAAGAAGGAUCAAAACCAAGAAGGCUGUGCCGAAAAUAAAGCAACGUAUAUUGCCACCCCCUUGACCAAACCCGCCGCUCCUAAACGUGCUCCUUCUAAAGCCGUCUUACCCAACUAUCAUUUCAAUACCGAUCAAAUUUGCAACCAACUCGAUUUACCCAUGAAUCCCAGCAUCGAAGUUCGUCCUUACCAACAAGAAGCCGUCGAUGCCAUCAUUGAUAAAUCCGAUCCAAUCUCUACCAACCACUUUGCUAGAUCUGGUAUUAUUGUCUUACCUUGUGGUGCUGGUAAAACACUCACAUCGAUCCUCGUUGCCAGUGCCAUCCAAAAACCCAUUUUGGUCGUCUGCUCCACCAUUAUUGCUGCGGAACAGUUCUCCAGCGAAUUUCUUCGAUUCACUACCCUCAUGGCAUCCAAGACCGGCAUGUUUGCUGGUGCCAAAAAAUGGCCAUUCAACGGUCCUUCCGGUGUACUCUUCACUACUUAUACCAUGCUUGUCGACAGUAAAAAUAGAACAAACGACUCCAAAAAGAUGACUUCAUUUAUUGACAAGACCGAAUGGGGUUUACUCAUUCUCGAUGAGGUGCAUUGUGUGCCUGCCAAUAAUUUCGCCAAGGCCAUCACCCGAAUUAAAGCCAAAGUCAGAUUAGGUUUGACAGCCACCAUGUUGCGUGAGGACGAACGUAUUGGUGAUUUAGAGACUCUUGUCGGUCCUACAUUAUACCAUGCCAAAUGGAAGGAGUUGGCGGAUAAAGGUUAUAUUGCCAAAGUCAUUUGUACACAAGUCGAAACGGAUAUGACAGCACUUGUUAAAUCUACACACGAAAGAGUUCAGACACAAGGAGGCGGACUAUUAGGUCAUGCGCAUCAUUUAAAGACACUAUUGGCUAUUUUAAACCCUAAAAAGAUGCAAAUCUGUCAACGUCUGAUUCAAUAUCAUGAAGCCAAAGGAGAUAAAGUUCUUGUUUAUUGUGAUCAUAUCGAUGCGCUUAAAUUAUAUGCUGAAAAAGUGAACCGUCCUUACAUUUACGGUGGUACCCCAAUAGAUGAGGCGAGACAAUUAUUAUCCAGAUUCCAAAUCGAUGUUUCAUCUACAAAUGAAGAAGAUUUAAGCUGGAAUGAAAUCGCUAAAAGAAGAUCAUUGAAAUCAAAGCAAGUGAACACCUUGUUUUUAUCUCGUAUUGGUGAUACUUCUCUUGAUUUACCCGCUGCCACUGUGUUAAUUCAAGUCUCUUCUCAUUUCGGUUCUAGACGUCAAGAAGCUCAGAGAUUGGGUCGUGUUCUUCGUGCAAAGAAAAGAAAUGAAAAGGGUUUCUACUCCAGAUUCUAUACGUUGGUCACGAAUGAUACACAUGAAGUGCAAUUCUCUGAAAAACGUCGUCAGUUCUUGGAAGAAGAUUGUGGCUAUGGUUACCAAAUCUGGAAAGUCGGUGCAGAGGAAGAAGGUGGUUGGACUGUUGAUGCCAAUCGUGAUAGCUCUAGCCCCGAUGAUGACGAGGUGAAAACAGACCCUCUUACCUGUACAAUUCAAGGCGCGGAUGAACGUCCUUAUGCUACAGAAGAAGACGAAUCUCAAUUGGUUGAUUUCUUGACUGGUCUCAAAAAUGUGCUCGUUGAAAAUGAGGAGGAUGAACUUAUGCCUGCUACCACUACCGCUACAAAGAGAAAAGCAACUUCUGCCGCUGGUGCCGCUGAUAAGAAGAGAAAGUAAAGACAUCCCUUUUUUUUUUUUUUUGAUCGUGUAUUGAAGCUCCCUGUUUAUUUAAAUAAAGAAUACUAUUUAUAACCACGAAUUUAUG